AUGCAUAAGCGACAAGUUUAAAUUGAGACAUUAAAUCCUUCAAAGUGUUUUACCCAAUCAAGAUCACCGAAAUAAAAUGUGAAACCCAUCCAACCAUAAAUUUUGAAGCAAAUCACUCAAUUAAUCAAAAACUCAAAAGAAAGGAACACAGAAAGACUUUGCAAACCUUACGAAUAGUUAAAAUGCAUUUAAAAUAUACAACCUUCCACUACUUCACGACCAAUAUAAGGUCGCGAUGUUUCAGUCACUUUUCAUUAAUUACUUUAAUAGUUCAGAAAUUAUAAGAAGCAAAACAAAGAGAAUUCCUUUAAUAGGAUCAAUAAACCAUCAAAAAAAGUGAGACAGAUUAGUUUUCCCAAUGCUGUUCUUCUCAACAAUUCCAGUAGUGGAAGUCGUAUUAAAGAUAGAGCUUCCAAUGACAAACUAACUUAAAAAAUAUUAUCGAUUGCCAAAGCUUCACGUUCAUAGAAUAAUUAUAAAUUACAAUUCAAUGGAGUAAUUGAAGAUAUGUGUCGAUGUUCUUAAGAAUAUAACAAUUUACUGUAUGAAUUCAAAGAAAAUUUGAAAAAUAAUGAUUCUCAUUACAGAAAGACUUCUUAAAGAUGUGCCUCUGCAGACAUUUAAUUGAUUGUAAGAAGUCCAAAUAAAAAAUCAAGAUCAUCAUCAAUAGAUCGAAAGGAAUCUCGAUUUUUGGGCUCUACACAAGCAAAUUCGAAUCCAAAAGAAUUAGAUUUGACAUGUGACGAAAAUGAAAUCGUUGUACACAAUGUUAAUCUUGAUGAAAGAAUUAAAACUGAACCCGAUCCCUUAAUAAACCAAGAAAGAAUAUACUUGGCUGACCCAUAUUAUUUAACUAAAUAGACCGAAAUCACCUGGCUCAUAAGAGCUAUAGUGAUUGAUUGGAUGAUGGAGACAGCCAUGGGCAACAGAUUAAAGCGCUAAACAUUUCAUUUGUCAAUCUUCUAUCUAGACUCCUACUUGUCCAAGAAACAAGCUAACAAGCAAAAUAUCUAAUUAGUUGGAUUGGCCAGUUUAUUGAUUGCCAACAAAGUGGAAGAAGUCAAUCCUAUUUGUCUUAUGCAAUUUCAGAAGGCUGCCAAUAAUGGCUAUAAGUAAAGUGAGAUCUUAAAUAUGGAAUUGGACAUACUAUUUGUAAUUGCCUAUUCUUUAUAUAUCUAGACACUCAAAUGGUAAGUGAAUCCACCGUCCUAUACAUAUUGGAUAAAUUGGUUUACAGAUUAAUGGGACAUCUACGCAAGCAAUCAUGGGAUCAAUCUGUUUUUUCGAAAAGCAAAUGAAGAAUCUUAUUAAUUAUUUAGAAAGUUAUGUCAACUUAUUGAUUGCACUUUAUUGGAUAUUCAAACUCUUCAAUACAUGCCAAGAACUAUCGUUGCCUCCUUUAUGUAUUUGAUAAUUUCAUUUUAAUUGAAUGUCUUUGAUAUAGAUAUGCUUGAGAUUAUGUCCAGAACAUCAAUGUUUUUAUUGAAUCGCGAUAACCAAUUCAACUUAAUAUUUGGAUAAUUUGUGUCAAUUACCUUUGGGUUUGCAUUACAAGAUAUUCUACCAGCUAUUUAAUAUGCAGCUGCAUUUUACGAAUUAGAAAUCAAUUAUGAAACUCCCCCUGGAGUUGUCCAUUUAUCCAACACUCCUUUGGAAUCGAAUUACGAAGAAUUUCUUUCAUUUUAAUGUUAUUCAAAAUACUUACUUGAAUUUGUUAGAUAAAAAACAAGAGAUUGA